AUGUCUGGUGAUUCUGCCGAUUUACCGGAUAUGACUCAGGAAAAAGAAGACGAGUUAGUUCAACAAGAAAGCUUCGUCGCCAGAGAGUCACGUCUCGGAGAUCUCAUCGCCGCCGGCCGGCGUUUUCUGAAAUUGAAUAACGCUGAAGAAGCUACAGAAGCGCUGAGCGAUGCUGCUGCACUGAGUGCAGAACUGUACGGCGAGGGCCACGAGAAGACGUUCGACGCCAUUAAGUACUACGGAAUGGCGACUCUCGAAUUGGCCAAACAGGACAGUCAACUCCUGAAACAGAAGGAAAAGAGUUGGACCGAGAUGAAGAAGAAGAAAAUAAAGAAGCGACCGGAGAAACUGAAAAAAAGGAAGAAGAAGAAGAAGCCGAGCAAUCGGAUAAAGAAGAUGGAGAAGAGUCUGGUGAUGAAGUGGAAGACGACGAGGACGACUCGAUGAAGCUCUCGUGGGAUCUUCUCGAAACUGCUCGAUGUAUUUCUAUGGUGACCAUCCAGAAGCUAGAAUCUGAGAAUGGAGAUCCGGAAGAGAUUGGGGAGUGGAAGCUGAAGCAUAGCGAUGUGAUGGUGCUUCUCGGUGAGCACAGUCUUGCAGACGGAAAAUACGUGCAGGCUCAGGAGGACUUGGCCCUCGCUCUCGAUUUUCAAACCGCUCUUCUCCCGCCCACUUCCAGAAUCCUGGCACAAACAUACGCGCUCAUCGCGAACGCUUGCACGUUGGAUGCGCGCUACGAUGAGACUGUUCAGUACUUCGAAAAGGCGAAGAAGAUUCUAGUUGAUAGAGUGAAUGAGCAGAAGACCAAAUUGGGUGAAGACAUUGAAGGUCCUGAACGAGUCGAAGUCGAGGAAGAUCUGAAAGACUUGGAGGACAUGCUGCCGGGACUCGACGCGUCGAUUGCUGACGCCCUCAGCUCUGCAGCUCAAGCGGAAGAAGUCAAGCAAUCGAUAAAGGCUCAGUUCGAGGGACUGACUUCCGUUCUUUCUCAAUUACCACAGCAAGAGAACGCGGCGGAGGAGGCAAAUGAUAUUACCAAUUUGGUAAUUCUGUACGAUUUAAAUAAUUUAACAGUUUCCCAAUUUGUAGGUCCGUCGGCCAACGAAACGCCCGACAGAACCAUCAGAAGAAUCCGACGAAGCGAAGAAGACGAAGGAGGAAGGCACUUCGCAACUUUGA